CAGCCUCUCUCACCUUGAGGUCUCUAAUUAUCCGCGCGCCGGCGGCCUCCACCCAUUCGCGCAUGCCGUGACGACCGAGCCUCCUCCACCACACUCGCCAACCACCUCCUCACCCGCAAUGUCACGCGACAAGUUUGCUCAGCAGAGCCUGGGCGGCACCCUGCACGGCAUGGUCAAGAAGUCGCGCGUACUCAUGGUAGGAGCUGGCGGCAUCGGCUGCGAGCUGCUCAAGAACCUCGUUCUCACCGGCUUCGGCGAAAUUCACAUCGUCGACCUCGACACCAUCGACCUGAGCAACCUCAAUCGUCAAUUUCUGUUCCGCAACGAGCACAUCAAGAAGUCAAAAGCAUUGGUUGCCAAAGAAGCGGCGCAAAAGUUCAAUCCCAACGUCAAGAUCGAAGCGUACCAUGAGAACAUCAAGGACUCGCAAUUCAACGCCGCGUGGUUCCAGCAAUUCAACCUCGUCUUCAACGCCCUAGACAACCUCGAUGCGCGCCGCCAUGUCAACAAGAUGUGCUUGGCUAGCAACGUACCGCUUAUCGAGAGUGGUACUACUGGCUUCAACGGCAAUGUGCAGGUCAUCAAAAAGGGCGACACCGAAUGCUAUGACUGCGUCCCGAAACCCACGCCGAAAACGUUCGCUACUUGCACGAUUCGAAGCACACCCUCGCAGCUCAUCCACUGCAUAGUAUGGGGCAAGUCAUACUUGUUCGCCGAGCUAUUUGGUAUCUCAGAGGACGAUGCACCCGAGCUAGAUCAGAGCUUGGACAAGGAGGGCAACAAUGCGGAUGAAAUCGCCAAGCUGCGCCAGGAGGCAACAAAACUGAAGCGCGUACGAGAGCAGAUGGGCUCGCAAAACUUCCCCCGUGCUGUUUUCGAGAUGGUGUUCAGGGAGGAUAUCGAGCGACUUUUGAGCAUGGAAGAUAUGUGGAAGGGCAAGAGGGCACCCGUUGCGCUGGACUUCGACCAGUUGUCAGAGGAGAGCACGGUCCCUGCAGCCACACUCUUGCAGGACGAUCAGAGGACAUGGAGCACAGAGGAGAACUUCGCGAUAUUUGUGGAUAGUAUCCUUAGAUUGGGCCAGCGUCUGGAGACUGAGCGUGCGCAAAAAGAAGUCGGCAAAUCAGCUGUCGUUCUAAGCUUCGACAAGGACGAUGCGGACACUCUGGACUUUGUUGUCGCGAGCGCUAACCUGCGUGCAGCCAUCUUUGGAAUUGAGCCUCGGUCAAAAUUCGAUAUCAAGCAGAUGGCCGGCAAUAUCAUUCCUGCAAUCGCAACAACCAACGCCAUGACUGCUGGACUUUGCGUCCUCCAAGCUUUCAAGAUAUUACGCUACACCGACCCAGAACAGCUGAAGCGGCAUGCGCAGGUCGUUUUCCUGACAAGGACGACUGAGCGAAAUCUUGCGGCAGACUUGGUACAGCCACCGAACCCCGAAUGCCCGACCUGCAGUGUGACGCAGAUUACACUGACAGUUGACACUGCGCGCGCGAAGCUCAGCGACUUGGUGGAGGACGUACUCAAGAGUCAGCUUGAUUACGGUGAGGAGUUUAACGUCACUAAGGAUGGUGAUCUGCUCUACGACGCUGAUGAGGACGCUCACCUAGACAAGACAUUCAGUGAGCUUGGACUCAUCACAGGCAGCUCAGUCACUGUCAUCGAUGACGCCGAUGAGGAUUGUAAGGUCAAUGUCCAGUUCAGUAUUGAUGCCAAAAAUCUACCGUCUGCGGACAAGCCGAUCUCCAUGCUCAGAGACUUGAAGAUCGCAACCAGGCCCAAGGCAGCUAUCCCUGUCGCAGCGCCAUCUACCAACGGCCAUGGUCACGCAAACACGAACGGUACUUCUAACGGCACAAUUAGUGGUGUCAAGCGAACCGCCGAUGAGGCCAGCCUUGAAGACGACAUUGUCAGGAAGAAAGGCAAGGUCAUAAAAGAGAAGCAAGUCAUGAACGCUGAUGAUAUUUUGGUCAUCGAGGACGAGAAAGACGACGGUGUGAUCGAGCUCGACUGAGCUCAUGCAAGAUGUUCUGCCUUGCCUACCUCUCGCAGCUCACACUACCUAUACGAUUUGACCGUCCCUCCGUGGCGACAGUUCCCAGCCCUUCACAACCUACAACGCAUCGAUGUGCUCAUCCAACUGG